AUGUCCAAGGCUGCGUUUUUAAGAGAAUAUAAACUCGUAGUCGUGGGUGGUGGUGGUACGUUAUUCAAGAUCGCAUUUGUUCUACCGAUUUUAUUUCUUAUAGUCGAUUGUUCAAUCCUGGCGAGAAAAGUUACACCUGCUAGUGUUGGUAAAUCUGCUCUUACAAUCCAGUUCAUUCAAUCGCAUUUUGUUGACGAAUAUGAUCCUACCAUUGAAGACUCGUACCGUAAACAAUGUGUGAUUGAUGACGAAGUAGCCCUGCUAGACGUGUUGGAUACUGCUGGACAAGAAGAAUACAGCGCCAUGCGGGAGCAAUAUAUGCGUACCGGUGAAGGAUUUCUUCUUGUAUAUUCAAUCACUUCUCGUAACUCAUUUGAGGAAAUUUCAACUUUUCAUCAACAAAUUCUCCGAGUAAAAGACAAGGACUAUUUCCCUGUAAUUGUAGUCGCAAACAAAUGUGAUUUAGAGAUGGAACGACAAGUUUCAGGACAUGAGGGUCGGGAACUCGCAAAGUCGUUUGGUUGUCGAUUCAUUGAGACAUCCGCCAAACAACGUAUUAAUGUUGACGAAGCCUUUUAUAAUCUCGUUCGUGAAAUUCGACGAUACAACAAAGAACAACAAUAUGGGAACCGACCUUCGAAUGGACCAGGAAAUAACGAAUUUACUGAUGGAACAGAUGAAAAUGGUGGUUGUUGUUGUGUGGUUAUGUAA